UCCACAGAGUACGAUGUUGAGGGGAGCGGGGAGUCAGCUGGCCGGGCUGCCAUUCAUGCUGCACAUGUGCGUAUGUUUGUGGGAAUUAUAGUAAGGACGAGUACGACGAGCACUGCUCACAUCAUCAGCGCAGAGCAAACUGAAGAAGGAAAACGGUUUUACAAUGGAGAGUGCGAGAAUAACUAUGCAGGAAUUCCAAUUGGUUUAUGAAAAUGAUAGCCCAAAUUUAUCCACAAAGAGAAAGAAAAACAAGGGCAAGACUGGCCCUGUGGGGGGCAAAGUGGAAAUAAUAAAAAUGAAUUCCCUUGAAAUGGAGAUUGACUUCAUUGGCUUUCACAUAUCUCUUGUAAAUGCCAUUAGAAGAAUUAUUCUUGCAGAGGUACCAACAAUGGCAAUAGAAAAGGUAUAUAUGUACAAUAAUACCAGCAUUGUUCAAGAUGAAGUUUUAGCUCAUAGACUUGGCUUGGUUCCUCUGAAAGUUGAUCCUCGAUAUUUUGAAUUUAGAAAUAAAGAUGAAACGGAGUGGGGAGCCCAGGACUCUGUUAUGUAUAGACUUCAAGUACAGUGUACAAAGAAUCCUAGUGCUGCACUUGACGAGACCAACCCUGACUGUUUGUAUCUCAACAGAAAAGUGCUGUCAUCAAGCCUGAAGUGGGUUCCUCUGGGUAAUCAAGGCUUCUUCAAGGAGGCUAAAAUGCAACCUCUUCAUCAAGAUAUUUUAUUAGCCAAAAUGAAUGCUGGACAUGUAAUAGAAUUGGAAGCAUAUGCUGUUAAAGGUAUUGGUAGUGACCAUGCCAAGUUCCAACCUGGCCUUGCUUGGUAUCGCCUGUUGCCUGAAAUAGAAUUGACUCGGGAGGUGGAAGGUGAGCAAGCUGAACUCCUCCAGAAGUGCUUUUCUCCGGGAGUGAUUGAUGUUGUAACUACACCAGGAGGGAAAAAAAUAGCAAAGGUUAAUGAUGCCCGCAAUGAUUCCUGCUCUAGAAAUGUUUUUGAGUAUGAUAGCAUCAAAGAUGCUGUCAAGCUCACAAGAAAGCCUGAACAUGUGAUUUUUUAUGUAGAAUCACACAGUGCACUGAAGAGCUAUGAAAUUUUAGAGGAAUCUGUCAACAUCAUGAUUGGAAAGUGCAGCUUGCUGUUAGCUGAAUUGGAUAACUUGGAAGGUGACACAGCAAGCUAAACAAAUACUGAUGCAGUAUCUUUAUGAAUAGUGCAAACAAUUCAAAUAAACAUUAAUAACUAUGCCAAUGACAUCAAAAUCUUCACCAUUUUAUAUAUCUUACAGAUAUGUGUCUGUUCAAUAGGUGAUAUAUUUCAAUAGAUCCUCUUAAAUUGUUUCUUGAAUGUUACAAUGCAGUUUUACAUUGGAAAAUGUUAAGUACUGUUUAUUGAAUUCUUACUUUCACAUUCUAGUAUUUGGCUGGAAUUCUCAUAAGAAGUGACAAGAAUAAGAAUGCCAAAGCCGCAGCCAGUGUAGACAUUAGGUGUACUGUACUUGUAAAUGAGCAAUUAAAGAUAAAUGAGGAUCA